GAGGCAGUGUGACGAGGAAUUUUAUCUCUGCUGUGCUUGCAACCUGUGCAAAAAAGUAUCACUUUUGGCUUUCGAAACAACACGUGAGAUGCACCGAUAAUGGGAGCUGGUGCGGGCGAACGCCUGCUGGGCCCGCGAGGUGUGACAUUGGCGUUUUCCACUUGCCUGCCACAGCUGGGUGCUAGCCAUUAUCUCAUUGGACUUGGAAAUCUGUACUCCCUGUGCUUCACCAGCUAACAACAUUCCGGCCUGCGACAACUACAGUCAUGGCAGACGAGCAAGAUAUUAUGUGUAAACUAGAAAAUAUAAAAGAAAUAAGAAAUAAGACUGUACAGAUGGAGAAACUCAGGUCUCGAUUGAAGAUUGAAUUUGAGGCGUUGGAAUCCGAGGAGAAACAUCUAAAGGAGUAUAAGCAAGAGAUGGAGCUUUUGCUGCAGGAGAAGAUGGCCCAUGUUGAGGAACUCAGGCUCAUCCAUGCAGAUAUUAACGUGAUGGAGAACACAAUAAAGCAAUCUGAAAAUGACCUGAACAAGGUGCUGGAAUCGACUCGCCGACUCCAUGAUGAAUAUAAGCCUCUGAAAGAACAUGUUGACGCUCUGAGGAAGACGCUCGGUUUACACAGACUUCCAGACCUCACUGAAGAAGAGGACAAGUUGUCCCUGGACUACUUUGAAAAACAAAAGGCAGAGUGGCAGACUGAGCCUCAGGAUCCACCUAUCCCAGAAUCCUUGGCAGCAGCUGCUGCAGCAGCACAACAGCUUCAGGUCUCCAGGAAACAAGAUUCCAGACAGCAGGCCACAUUUAGACAGCAGCCGCCACCCAUGAAGGCGUGUCUCUCCUGUCAUCAGCAAAUUCACCGCAACGCCCCAAUCUGCCCUCUAUGUAAAGCAAAGAGUCGCUCACGAAACCCCAAGAAGCCUAAGAGGAAACCCGACGAGUGAGAGUUUACAUUGUGUCUCGUCUUUGCUCUCCAUGUAGGUUGCCGUCAGCAACACACCAAACAAACUUUUAACUAUGAUGAUGUACCAAUAGAAAAUGAUGUAAACAUACAGUACACAAUGGAAUUGGCAUGUUUUGUUUUUCAGAGAUUGAAAGGAUGAGGAAAGCUUUGUUUUAUCAUUAUGCGUUGAAAUUUCAGGAGAUGGACCCAGAUUUUUUUUUUUUUUUACAUUAUUUGACCAUGUAUAAACACUAAUUCUGAAUGAAAAUGUUACCUUUGUAAAUCUAUAGUUAAAUACUGCAGACAUUUACUGGGAUCAAGUUACUUGAAAUUUACAAAGAACACUUGUAUUUGGUUUGUGCUCAGAAAGGGAGUAUUCCACAUAUUAAUAUUGUUGUAACAUGUUUUGAUAGGUUUGGUAGCUUCCGAGAUAAUACAGUAGCAUUUAAAGCUUUUUGAGAAUGCCCUGAGUAACAUUUUACUUAGUGUUAGUGUUCAUUAUAUGGGAGGGAUACUCAGCCUUAACUCCUUUUCUAAUUAUGCUUAGUAUUGUUCAGUCUAAAGCUCACACGAGCCACAGACAGCUUUACUCUUGUGUAUAACACUAUGAACUUACAUUUUGAAACAUAAAAGUGCUAUUAUAAUUUUGUUUACAAGCUCUCUGGCCAAGAAAAUGUUAUAAAAGACAAAUGCAGAACAAAUGCCAAGGCCAGUUGCAAUCCCAAGAGUGGCAUGACUUUAUUCUUGGGUUAUGUAUUGUGUUCAUAUUACUUCUUCAGUCACAAAUCGUUCAUGCUUUUGUUUCUGCACUUCUGAUGUCAUUAUUUUUCUCUUUUGUUGGCUUUUAAUGUGCACCAUAAUCUGUCUUAAAUUACCGAAUGGUCAGUAUUGAUAAUAUGCAUACCUCAACACUUGUGAAGAGUUACUUUUUCCUCAGCAUAGAAUUGUGGUUGAGUGCUCUCAAAUAAAUGAAACAAUUGCCUAUUUACUGUGGAAAA